GGUAAUCGGAGUCACUAAAUUAAAAACAAUUGAGCUGCGCUACGUACAGAAAACGUCAAUUGAGAAAAUAACUAACAUUAUACGAUGGAUUUUAUACAAAAUGUCGAUGAUGUCAAACAAACCCUUAUUGAUAAUUCGCUGUUUAUGAAGUCAUUGGAAAAUUGUUGUGAUGGCAGUUUCCAGGACGAAAUAAAAAAGCUGGGCAAUGAAAUCAUGAAUGAACGUUUGGAGUACGGGGGAAAGCUAAUGCUCAUCAAGGCAAAGCAAAAGCGCAUCGAUACUAAUGUACAGCACGCUUCGAAUCAGGCAAAUACCGUGGAAGAGUUUGAACAAAUCUACUCACAAUUAUCUGCCACAGAGGAGAAGAAACGGAUAAACAUUAAGCAGACGUCCGAGUACAAAGAGUUUAAAAGAACCAUGGAAGGCAUUAGUGAUAGCAAUGCGAGUGCCACUAACGCUCAUGACGACGACAAUGUGAUUGAAGUGCGGGAAACUGGUGGCAUGGCUGUCUCCAUGUAUGAUCCCUGGUCGAAGGCCAUUAUGUCGAAUCCUGUGCGCAACACUAAAUGCGGACACCACUACGAUCGUGAUACCGUUAAGGCUUCACUUCAAAACGGCACUGAUGUCCGUUGUCCAGUUGUUGGCUGCGCCAGUAAAGCAUUCAUCCAGCUGCAGCAUCUGCAAGCUGAUCCAGCAUUGCAUUCAAAAAUUCAAGAAUAUUUGGCCGAGCAGCAAAUGCAAGAAUCAUCCGACGAAGAUAAUUGAAAAUAUAUAUUGGUGCUAAAAUAAUCAUGUCAAAUGUAUUCUAUGAAGAUUAAGUCAGUCAUAUGUUAAUUAAGAUCCCUAUUGAUGUAAGUUCUUAAUUCAGAGCAUAGUUAAAUGUAAAUGAAAAACCAGUUGAAUAAACUUAAACGCCUCUCGGUUCUUAAGACGAGGCACAUAGCUUUUGCGUUAUACAAU